AUGGCAACUAAACCCACCCCCGAAGAAAUUACUCGUAAAAAAGAAUAUCAAGUUAAUCAAUGUAAAAAAACUUAUAUGCGAACUAGAACCCAAGAAAGAGUAAGCAAGCCAACAAUUACCUCUCCAAAAGCCAAAAAAGAAGAAGUUAAAAUAAUUAACUUAGCAAUUCAUUUAGAAAAAAUAACCGCCCAACUAAAUGAUGGACGAGAAUUAAACAUUAGCAACCGAGAUUUAGCCGGCAAUGCCGAUUUAAGUGAAUUUACCGCCCUCCAAAGUUUAAAUUCUUAUAAUAAUAAGUUUGAAAACCUAGAAUUUUUGAACUCUCUUCCAAAUAAAAAUCAACUAAAAAAACUUAACUUCUUUGGCACGGUUUUAAUGGACUUAUUAGAGUAUGCUCAACAGUUAGUUAAUCGUGGUCAUGCUUCCCAUAACGCUCAUGUAGUUCAUUUACAAGAAUUAGUUCAAGAAAAGCAACCGCCAACAGAAAUUAAACCAAAAGCAGAACAAAACAGUCAAGUUCCGGUAAAGGAUUCUAACAACAAUACUUUUUAUUUAGUUGGUGGCUUGUAUCCUAAGGAAAAAAGAACCAAUGUCUAUGAAUUACAUCUUAACGAAUCAGAUUUAACAGGAGAGUUAGAUUUAAUUGAUUUCAUUAUAAAACUUUCUAAUGCUCAGCGAUGGUUAGAUGAAAACUAUCCGAAAAACGGCAGAUGUCAAAACUCUGAGGACUGGCAUAAUAAAGGAUCAAAAAGAAAAGAAAUUAACUUGGAAGGUUCUUUUAGGUUGGAAGGUUUUGAUAAUUUAAAAAAUUUAUUUUGUAAUGAUGAUCAAUUUACUGGUUUGGUUGAUGCUGGGCUAGAAAAUUUACCUGAAAAACUAGAAAAUAUUACCUUAAAAGAAAGAAAUAUUUUGAUAUGUGAGACAAAUACGGAGGUUUUGAGGGAACAUACUCAGAAACCGAAAUAUAUUUUAGCAGAAAGCAAACUAAAGGAAAUUAAUGAAGAGAAAGAUGGAGAAAUUCAGCAGUUGCAAGCAAGAGUUAACGAAUUGUCGAAACAAAAGCUAGCAAACGAGCAGCCGGCUUCAGAAUUAAUUCAAUUAAAAGAAAUUAAUGACAUUGUUCUGCCAAAUAGAAAUAGUUUUAAUUUUACUUCUCUAAAACGAGAAAUCAAAAAACUUAAAAAUGAAAAUCUAACUAGCCAAGUCGAAAAUAAAAAAAGCGAAAUAGAACAGUUAACUAAUCUGAUUAACCAAGAAAAAUUUCAUUUUAAAACUCGCCAAGAAUUGCAGAAUUUAAUUCAAACUAAACAAAGAGAAGUCAGACAAUUAGGAAUCCAACUAGGGAAUUUACAAAUCCAAGAACAAACUGCUCAAAUCCUUCAAACUAACUUACCUAGCUCAAGCCAAGGAAAUAACUGCUAA